GGCUUUCUCAAAGAUCACCCGCUCCUUUGGCUGAUGAAUCUCGUGUCUAUGGAAGGAAUGAUGAUAAGGAGAAAAUCAUGAAGCUAUUGCUUCCCGAUAGUGGUAGUAGUAGCGAGAACAAGAUAUCUGUGAUUCCCGUUGUGGGCAUGGGUGGCAUCGGCAAGACCACCCUUGCUCAGCUAGUAUAUGAAGAUAUAAGUGUGAAGAGUCAAUUUGAUAUCAGGUCGUGGGUUACUGUUUCUGAUGAAUCUGAGAUUUCUGUAAUAGCGAAACAAAUUCUUCAAGAGAUUACCUCGCAAAAAUGUGAAACUGAGGGCCUCUAUCAACUUCAAUGCAAGUUAAAGGAGUCAUUGAGCGGCAAGAGGUUUCUCUUUGUUCUGGAUGAUGUAUGGACCGAGAACUAUGAGCAUUGGGAGGCCUUACUGAGUUCUUUCCAGUCCGGAGCCAAUGGAAGCGGGAUCAUUGUGACGACACGUAGUGAUAUCGUCGCAAAGAAGAUGGGAAAUGUGCCUACACAUCACCUUGGGGAGGUAUCUGAUGAUGAUUGUUGGAAGUUGUUUGAGGAGCAUGUGUUUAUUAAUGGUGCAAGGUCAGAGGCGCAUCAAGAACUACAUGCAAUUGGCAGAGAUAUUGUCAAAAAGUGCAAAGGUGUUCCUUUAGCGAGGAAUGGAGAGAGAUACUCAAUAGAGACAUAUGGGAGUUGCAGUUGCAAGAAAAUCAGAGUAACAACAUUUUGCCUUCUCUGUGGUUGA